AUGGAGGUGUCGAAAGAUCGUCCAUCCCCCUUCCUCUUCUGGGACAUAUGGAUUCGUUCUUCUCUGACGGUCGGUAUUGAAUUUGUGAAGAUCAAUCCAGUUAAAUAUGUUCCGGCUUUGGUGGAUGGGGAUACAGUGGUUUCUGACUCGUUUGCAAUCAUAUUGUAUUUGGAAGAUAAGUAUCCUCAAUAUCCACUGCUGCCACAAGAUCUUAAAAAGAAGGCCCUCAAUCUCCAGGUAGCAAGUAUUGUGAGUUCCAGUAUCCAGCCUCUUCAGAGUAUUACUGUCCUGAGUUGGAUAGAGUCAAAGUUCAAUACUGAUGAGAGACUUAAAUGGGCUCAGCACCAUAUCAAUAAAGGCUUCAGAGCCCUUGAGAAACUGUUAAAAGACCGUGCCGGAAAUUAUGCUACGGGAGAUGAAGUCCAAUUGGCAGAUGUCUUUUUGGAGCCUCAGAUCUAUGCAGGGGUAAAGAGACCCAAGAGCCUCAGAUCUAUCAGGCUGAUCAAAUGGACCAAUGGGCUGGAUCAUCAUAGGUUGUGGAUCACUUGCUCUCGACAUGGCCAAUCUUCUUUACCAUUUGGAAAGGGAUUUGUUGUUCUCUUGGAGUGUUACAUCUUCAACCCUCUUAGGCAAAGCUUUGUAUUGAUCGGAGGAAAUGAAAAAAAAUUUAUCCAAACUUUUUCAGCCUAUUAUCCUAAGAUAUUUGUGGCCAUUGCAUGUGGGUUUGUUGGAAGGAAAGAAACAUAG